AUGAAGGGAAUGGCCAAAGUAUCGAAAUCUCUUAAGCCACUAGAGUUUCGUCGCUCUGUAACAAAAGAAAAAAUUUCCACGCCAGUUGCUAUUCCAAACAAAGAGUCAGUACCAUCCAUUUUACCGCCCAAAAAAGUUAUUAAAGCAUUAUAUGAUUACGAAGCACAAGCACCUCAUGAACUUUCUUUUUCAAAAGGAGAUUUCUUUCAUGUUAUUGGAAAUGAGAAUGAUCCUAAUUGGUACGAAGCAUGUAAUCCAGCUACAAACGUACAAGGGUUUGCACCAGUUUCAUAUUUUCAAAUAUUAGAGAAAAGUAAUCGGAUGAGUGAAGAUAAAGGUUCAACCGCAAUAAUACAAGAUAUUAAUAAGCCUGGGACAAAACCACAACCAUUAUACGGUAUUGUUUUAUAUGAUUUUUUUGCUGAAAGACCAGAUGAAUUAGAUGCUAAAGCUGGUGAACCAAUUAUUGUAAUUGCACAAUCAAAUCAUGAAUGGUUUGUUGCAAAACCUAUCGGUCGUCUGGGAGGCCCUGGUCUUAUACCAGUGUCAUUUAUAGAAAUUAGAGAUCAUGCGACCGGUAAAGCAGUUGAGAAUGUACAAGAAUUAAUGGAUAAAUCAAUAGUUCCAAAAGUUGAGGAAUGGAAAAAAAUGACAAAAGACUAUCAGGCAAAUAGUAUUUCAUUAGGUCGUUUGGACUUUCCUAAACUUGCUCCAUACAAUAUGGAUAACAGUAACAGUGAUGAUGAUAACAAUAGAAAAUCUGAUUCUUCUUCAACUUUACCAACUAGUCCUAUACGACAACGAGAAGAUACACCAUCAGUUUAUAGUAAUAGAAAAGAUAAUAAUGCUAAUGACGAAAUGGUUUCAGCUUCCAUUGAAUCAUUUCAUUUCGAGAAUGGAAAAUAUUGGUUUUUAAUUCGUGUUGAGUUAAGUUCAAGGCGUUUUCGAAUUCUUUAUCGAAUCUAUGAAGAUUUUUAUGACUUUCAAAUUGCACUUUUAAAUAAAUAUCCUGAAGAAGCAGGACGUACAGGUAAAAAACGCAUAUUACCAUUUAUGCCUGGACCAUUAACAUAUGUAGAUGAUAGGAUUACACAACAGAGAAGAAACGAUUUAGAUAUUUAUGUCAAAGAAUUGAUAACUUUACCACCAAAAAUUUUAAAAGACCCUUUGCUAGAUCAACUUUUUGGCAUAAAAAAGGGUGAUAUUGAAACAAGAAAUGAUCCUAGACAACCUGAUGCCGCUGCUGAUGUAAAGGGAAGUCCGCUUACGGAUGCAGACAACUCACCAAUUGACCCAAUAGUACCAAUAUCUUCUUCAUCUUAUACGCACAACAACAGUGACUCUCAAACAUCAUUACCUCUCACUGCUAUAAAUUAUAAAUCAUUACAAUCACCUUCCAAACAUCACCAUAACAGCAACAGCAGUACAUAUUCAAAUAUCAAUUUCGGUAUUAAUAAUACUAAUUCGCUAUCAUCAUCAACUUUAAUGAAAAUAAAAAUAUUAUAUAAAGAUGAUCUUAUUGCUAUUAGAGUACCGUCAAACAUUACCUAUGUUCAAUUAAGGGAAAAGUUAAAUGAAAGACUUGGUGAACACGUUAUGACUUUAACAUAUAAAGAUGAUAAUACUGGACAUGUUCAAAAACUUGAUGGUGAUGACGAUUUAAAUCAUGCAAUAGUAACUUGUCCAAAAUUAAUGAUUUUUGUUGAAUAG